UAAAAUUGAGAAGUACACUCCCACCCCAGUGAGUCAGUGGGCCGUUACUGACACAGGCAGAAAGGCAGUUUAGUUUUGAAGCCCGGUCAGGAAACAUGCUCGCUGCACCACACAAACAGACAAACAUCCCACAUACACCAGCAGGAAGCUGAGCUGGAGCUCACACUGUCAUCAGUUCCACUGUUGUGCUGUCGAGAUGCUGAGCGGUAAAUUUCACCGGUGGAGAACUUUUACUGAAAAGAUGCCGCAUCAAGACGGAUGAGAACAAGAAACUUUUUCUUCAAAAAUCGGGGCUACACACAGAAGAGUGAUAUGGCAGACCUUGUGCCAGGAUUCAUUUUUUGUCUAAUGGCCGUGCAGACUAUUCAGCAUGAGGGAAAUCAAUCCAGGACAGAUACAAAAUCUGUUGCGAUACCAAAAACCUUCCAAGGGGAGACGGACAAAAGUAACCACACAAAAAAUCUACCGGCUCUCCGCCCGCGGCUCUACGUGAACCCAGAGGACCCAGUGACAGCCUACACCACUGGGAUUAUCAGUACCUGGGUCAUACCUUCAACAUAUAUCCUGGCCAUGCUGGUGGGAAUCCCCUCCAACGCCUACAUCCUGGGCUUCCUCAGAGUCAGACUCAGAGCCAAGUCCAUGUCCACAGUAGUUCUCUACCUGAACCUGGCCUUGUCCGACCUGCUGCUCCUGCUCACCCUGUCGUUGCGUGUUCACUACCACUUCAGUGGAAACAACUGGAUAUUCGGGGAGAUAUCCUGCCGGCUUAUCACAGCCUUGUUUUAUGGUAAUGUUUACUGUUCUGCUCAAACUAUAGCAUGCAUAAGCCUGAAGAGAUACCUGGCUGUGGUCAGACCGUUUUUGUACCGGAGGAUGACUAAGACUACGCUGGCAGUGGGGACAUGCUUGGUUGUAUGGUUCCUGUUGGGGGCAGCUGUUGUGCCAGAGCUUCUCGUCGGGCAGAGCUACUACAUUACCCCUCUGGGAGUCACCACCUGCCAUGACGUUCUACCCCUAGAUGAAAAAUCUCACUCCUGGUUGAAGCUCUACAGGCUGAUAUUGGUUUUUCCAGGCUUCAUAGUGCCCUUCCUGAUUUGUAUCUAUGCUCAUGUGUCAGUGGUAUACCACCUAGGUCAAUCUGGCUGUGACUGGAGAGCUUUUAUCAGGGUCAGUACUCUGGUCUUUGUCAUCUUUGUGGUGUGUUUCUUGCCCAGCGGCAUCCUACAUAUCGCCCACUACAUCCGUCUGUUUUCCACUGGGGACGACAUGCUGUAUGGAUACUACAGAGUGGCGGUGUGUCUCUGCUGCCUCCACAGCUGUCUGGACCCCUUCCUGUGUUUUCUCCUUUCCAAGACACCAACCUCAGAACUACAAUUCAUUUCCCUCCGUGAGAUACCCCAGAGACGGGCGGCUAUGACAUGAGACUGGAUGUGUGUGCACAGAAACAAAAAACACAUCCUUGCUGGGCCAUUGUUGGACACAGCAGGGAAGCACAAGAAACAAUGAUGUGAAAGUUAGGACUGAGAUAAUGCUGCAAUUACUGUUCGGUCCAAAACAACAAUAAUCUUUGUAACACAGUCUCUGUACAGUGUAAGGAAAUGAUUAUGUAAAUUGUGUUACAAGACAUAUUCUAUAUUUAUGUAGAUAUUUACUUGCAUCGUUCCACCUUUUCAUUACUUGUAAAAUAUGUACAUAAAUGUCCUAAAAAGACAAUGAAGCGCUUGGGAUUCAUACAUAAAUACAGACAUUUGAGAAAUGAGAGGCUGCUGUGGAAAUCUGAGCAAAGUAAUAAGAAGGAAUGUAUUUUUCAAACACUGGUUAAUUCCAUAAUAAAGAACUUUGCAAAGUU